CUUGUGUCAUUACGUCACUAGCUAAUCUUGACUCAAAGAAACAUGGCGGGGUCAGCGGGCGGUCUGCGGUCACACACCCCGCUCACCUAGCUUGGUUACCGGGCGACAGAGGGCACUUCUCCACCGAUCAUCGGUAACGGCGUUCAUCUCGACCUUGACGACGUCGUCGUCAUGGAUUUGACGCGGUUGGCCGCAGACGCUGGCCAGUUCAUCAACCGGGCGGUCCAGUACACGGGGGAGAGUCUUGGCCAGGCCGACAAGACCGAUUUCGACCCCGGGCUGGAGGAGCUCCUGACCCGGGUGGAUGCCACUAAGAAUUGGACGGACCUCAUGGUCUCACAGACGGAGGCCGUGUUGCAGCCCAACACAGCGGCGCGGCUGGAAGAGCGUCUGUAUGAGCAUCUGGACUGGCCCGCCCCGUCUCGACCUCGCGCUCAAGAGCUUCUGGGUGACCAAAUGAUUCAGGCCGGCCUGGAGCUGGGAACCAGCAGCCCUUAUGGAACGUCGCUUUUGAGGUGUGGCGAGGCUCAAAAGCAGCUUGGCGAGGCCCAAAGGAAAUUUGCCCAAAGCACCAACAUCCAUUUUCUCACCCCUCUGCGACGCUUCAGCACAUGUGAAUACAAAACCAUGCAGGAGGAGCGCAAGAUGUUGCUGAACAAGCGUCUGGACUUGGACAUAGCCAAGAGCAGAGUGAGGAGUGCUCACGAGGCUGAACAAGAGUCCAGGAACCUGAACGCAAACAACCCGACGGAGGACGUCUACUUCUCGUCUCAGGUGUCCUUCAUGUUCAGAUUCAUGCGCGUUCGCUGGAUGAAGAUGUGGGCGCAGGAGAUUUCGCAAGCAGAGAUGGAGCUAAGGAUCUGCGAAUCUUUGUUUCAACGCCAGUCGGAUGUCACGCGACAGCUUCUGGAACAAAUUAGCGACACCCACGACAAGCAUAUGCAGAGCCUGAGCGACUUUGUGGACGCGCAGACAUGUUACUACGCCCAGUGCAAGCAACACACCCUGGAGCUCCACAAACAGUUGGCCAGCAUCCCGGCCGUGUUGUGCUCCAACAAGUGGCAAUCGGCCAUCACCAACGGGGCACGUCACUGUCAACAUCCUUCCGCCGAACAAAAUCAAGUUCCUCCCACCUCCGCUGUUGUCGUCCACCACCUUCCGGAAUUCGACCAAGACUCUUGGACGACAGGAGUGAGCACUAACAACAACAACCACCGGGAGCCUGAUCACGCACGUCCAUCAGAACAAGAAGAUCCUCCAUCUUGUGAGCCCGCCGCGUCUUCCAACUAAUUUCAACGCUGCCAUCUCGCGAGUCUUCCCCUCAUUGUGGCCAAACAAGUGAUGGACAGGUGAACUACUUCUUCUUGCUACUUUGGGACAGAGACGUGAUUUUUAUAUUGCCCAGGCGCAUGACUCUCAUAUAUUUUACCCUGUGUAAGUGUACCUAAUGAAGUGUCCUAAUCAUUCCCCAAAACAGGGGCACAGUUGAGCUCAUUUUCCACCUUGUGUUGCUCUCCGCGUGCGUGCGUGUUUUUGUUUUUCCAAGCCAAGUACGGUGAAAUUGGAUCGUUACACAAACACCCCCCGCUCAGUGGUCCCAAUUGGACGAUUCAAGUCCCAUAUGUUGUUCAUUUUCACCUCAUAGAGGCCAUUUUGUGUGUAAUGGGAAUAUUGUAGGGGGGGGAACUCAUGAGGUGUAGAUGAUGUCAUCAUCAUGUAAAGGACUAGAGGUGUGUGUGCGUGCGUGAGUGGCACAAUGUAGCUGACGUCAGCGUUGGGCUGCCAUGUGGAAAUAAAUAUGCAAACAGUGAUGUGGAGCUCUUGAAAUAGAGAUUUUUUUUAAACGUACAGUGUUCUUUGUAUACGAGUCAUUUUUAUGCCGCGUUGGUUUUAAAUUGCACAACCAUGAAAGAAAUUUAGUCAAAAAUACUCAUUGACUGAUAUACAUGAAUUAUUAUUAUUUUUUAUUAAGGAGCACAGGCCACUUUUGUAACAUGCACUACAUAAACAGGACUGUUGCUUUACAUUUCCCAGCGGUGUGAUAUUUAAUGGCGCUUUCCUAAGACUCAGCAAAA